CAGAAGCAUCAGGACGUUGAAGCUGAACUGCUGACUUCUCGAAGUAUGGUGGCUGUCUUUGACUAUAACCCUAAGGAGAGCUCUCCAAAUGCAGAUGUUGAGGCUGAACUAACUUUCAGUGCCGGAGACAUUAUCACUGUGUUUGGGUCCAUGGACGAUGAUGGAUUCUAUUAUGGAGAGCUGAACCAACAGAGAGGUCUUGUCCCAUCUAACUUCUUGGAAGCUGUCACUUCUGAUGGAGGCAUGGUCGAGGAACGUCAUUCGAAAGAUAAAGAAGCUUUUCCGCUGAGUGCUGAGAGCCAGUUAAAUCCAGAUGGGUCUGUUGAUCAGAGCAACUCCUCACCAACUCCUACUCUACCACCUUCCUGCCUUGUCAUGGGCAAGCAGUGUCCAGAGCAGGCAUCGCUGACCGUUCCCAAACGCAGUGAUGUACCUGGUCAGAGUGAAAAGAAGAGAGGCUUCUUCUUCAAAGGAAAAAAGCUCUUCAAAAAACUUGGGUCCAGUAAGAAAAAUUAACAAGAGAUUUAUUGUUCUGUAAAGACUGCCUGUGCAGUCCACACAGGGACUGAAAAUUCAGGAGAAGCCCUCUGCAAUAAGCUGAUGAGAGUAUUUUCUUAGGGGAAAAAGUGUAUAUUGAAUAGAGAAAACUCUUCAGUGGGUCUGUCAGCUGUGGUCUCUGCUGAGAGCCCAGCUGUGGGUGCCCACUGAGUGUGGGCAGUGGCUCCGAACACAGUGUCAUGGCACUGGGGUGUGUGAGGCCUCAGCUCUGGGAUACAGCUACCUCCACAGUAGUGUGUCCUGCUCCAUGCAGCCCCCAAUGCACCGGUUCCCUGUAAAUAUUUUAAUUUAAAAAUUACAUUCUGGCUGUAAGUUAGCUAAAUGGCUUUUCCCAGCAAAGCCCUGGUCCCUUAGGAAGAGCUCCCUUAUACUACACACCCUGGUAUCUCUCUGGUCCAAAGGAGGUUGUGUCAACUCCUUCACUUCCCGCAAAGAAAAUUUGCACUUUUCUGUUCCCGUGAAUCCCCUUUGCUGUCUCUGGGCUGAUGAGUGAGUUAUUUGUACUGUAAACCUGUAAAUAUGCAGCUGUGCCUAGGAGCAUCCUACACUGCCUCAGUCAUGUUUCAGCACGAGGAUUCCCAUGGAGGAAGGAGCGGUACCCUGAAGGGGGUCGGCACUUCUGCCUAUAGCGUGGGCUGAUGUACGCUGCUCUUGGCUGGUUCACCUUGACCACACGCUGGCUGGGGACUCCGCCUUAUUUAUUUAUUUAUUUAUUUAUCUCGCUAUAUCUAUCUAUCUAUUUAUUUUUUGUCUGCCUCUUUCACAGUUUUAUUUGGCUGUUUCAGUGGGCUGCUCCUGAGUUGGAGCAUUUGGAGAGCAGAGCUGGGGAUGGAGAGUUUGCAGCUAUUUUCAUAUGAAAUGAUGUGUUCCUUGAGUUAAGACACAUCCCUUUCUAAGCCACGGAGAGUUUUGUACUACAUGGUUUCUAUCCUUUUCAGUGUUUCUUUCUUUGCAUGUUUCCGUGUUUUGAGAAGGACAGUUAUGUGAGGUACGUGAAUGAUGCCAGCACAGUGUCCACGAGUGUUGGUGAUAUGGUAUGUUUUUAUUUAAUAUCAGAUUUUAUUAUAAUAAAGUCUAUUUUCACAAAAAUACAUUUUUCCUUAAAAAA